CAGCAGGUUGCUCCACCACAGACAGGCACUGUCUGCUCACACACUGAUCUGCACACACCGAUUUCAUGACCACAGUUUUGCUCACAUGCUCUGAGCAGAGACAACAUGAGUUCAGUGUCUGAGCCUUUGGUCAGCAGCAGCAGGUCUCUGUCUGCAACCAAGAGACACAAGAGUAUCAGGAAGAACUCCAGGAGGAUUUAUUCAGCCUACCAGGACCACCAGCAGGGGUCCUCAGAUGAUGAAGAUAAAGAGGAUGAGCGGGUGGACAGCAAUGACCCAGAGGAAAUGUUCCAGAAUAUUCAGUACCAAAAGGAGAUCAUUGCCAACAUUCGGACCAGACCCUGGCCUAUGAGACGCAAGCUCAAAGUUCUAAAACAGGCCAGAGAGAUUGUUCUGAAGUAUGAGGGCCGACUGACCAGAACCAGAGGUUACCAGACUGCAGGAGCUGAUCUGCUGAAGAAACUUUCCCGUGUGCUUUACAACAUCAUGGUUCUGUUCAUUCCCUGGGAAGUGAGGAUCAAGAAAAUUGAAAGUCACUUUGGGUCGGGUGUGGCCUCCUACUUUAUCUUCCUGCGCUGGUUGUUUGGGAUCAAUAUUGUCCUCACCAUCAUGACUGGAGCCUUCAUUGUCCUACCAGAGCUGCUGGCUGGAGCUCGGUUUGGAACAACUAGGAGUAAAACUAUCCCCAAAGAGCAUCUGGCUUCAGCCCAAGACCUGGACACCAUCUGGUCUCUUGGGGGCUACCUGCAGUACUCUGUGUUAUUCUAUGGUUACUAUGGCAGGGUGAGGAAAAUUGGCAGUGCUGGGUACCGUUUGCCCCUCGCCUACUUUCUGGUUGGGAUGGCUGUUUUUGCCUACAGUUUCAUCAUUCUGUUAAGAAAAAUGGCCAAGAAUUCUCGUCUAAGCCUGGCCAGUGCCUCUGAUGAGAACUUCACAUUUUGCUGGAGAGUUUUCUGUGCCUGGGAUUACCUGAUAGGAAACCCAGAAGCUGCAGAGAGCAAAGGAGCUGCCAUUGUCAACAACAUCAGGGAAGCCAUUGUUGAGGAGCAAGAAAAGAAGAAGGAUACUAGUUUGGCCGUUCUGAUCAGUCUUCGUAUCCUAGCCAACAUCCUGGUGCUGCUGUCUCUGGCUGGCAGCAUCUACAUCAUCUACUUUGUGGUGGACCGUUCUCAGAAACUGGAGCAGGAGAAGCCAGAACUGACAUUGUGGGAAAAGAAUGAGGUGAGUGUGGUGGUUUCUCUCAUCACCAUGAUUGCUCCAUCUGCCUUUGAGCUGGUGGCUCAGCUGGAGAUGUACCAUCCACGAACCUCGCUGCGGUUCCAGCUGGCCAGAGUGCUUGUUUUAUACCUGGGGAAUCUCUACAGCCUCAUAAUUGCCCUCCUUGACAAGGUCAACAGUAUGAGCUCCGCAGUCCCAGUGAGUCCAGGUAACUGGUCUGACUCCAGUUCCUUCCUAGCCACCAUCGCGCAGCCUGAGGUAGACAGCCUGUCCACCCUGGUGUCUGAUAUCUCUGUUUCUGAGCAUCAAAACAGCACUAUAGCGACUAUUGCCAUGGUGCUGGAUGUUACCAACAGCAGCAGAAGCUCAGGGACCAUCUCCAACCAGACAGCUCUGUUUGAGAAGAACACCCGCUCUCAGCAGGACCAGUGCUGGGAGACCUACGUUGGACAGGAGAUGCUGAAGCUGUCCAUCAUUGACAUGAUCUUUACGGUGGCCAGCAUCCUGCUCAUUGACUUCAUCAGAGGUUUAGUGGUUCGUUACCUAAGUGACUGCUGCUGCUGGGAUUUAGAGAGCAAGUUUCCUGAAUAUGGAGAAUUCAAAAUAGCUGAAAAUGUUUUGCAUCUAAUUUAUAACCAAGGAAUGAUCUGGAUGGGAGCAUUUUUCUCUCCCUGUCUUCCAGCCUUCAAUGUGCUGAAGCUGAUUGGUCUGAUGUAUCUCAGGAGCUGGGCUGUCCUGACCUGUAAUGUUCCCCAUCAGCAGGUGUUCCGGGCCUCCAGAUCAAACAAUUUCUACCUGGCUAUGCUUCUUUUCAUGCUUUUUCUCUGUAUGCUGCCCACCAUCUUUGCCAUAGUACGAUACAGACCGUCACAGCAUUGUGGACCAUUCAGGCGCUCACGCUGCUCUCCACCCCUACUUCCUGGAUCCCACACCUAUCACACCACCAACACGACAACCCAGAGCGAGGCCUCCAGACUCUCCAGCUUCUCGCAUUAAAUAUACACAACCUGGCUUGACUGUUUUAUUCAUUAAACCAUCUGAUUCUGACUAGUAUCCUGUGUUUUGCAUCCGAGUCCUUUCUGUUUUUAUCUCUCUCACCAGAAGGUGAGAGACCAAUCCUAAUAGAACAAACUGGCCAACAUGGACUCAGCAAGCUUAGGUACUAGUUACCCUUCAGUGCAAUUCACCAUAGUCCAAUAUGGUGCUUAGAUUGACCACCUGGAAAAGGCCCUUCAGCAGCAAAUUCAAAUCAUUAAAGAUCCCACUCAGCAGGUAAUGCUGUUCUCCACUACACUCACCUACCUUGCAGCUUCCACCACAUCCACCUCAACAGGGCAGGGCCCCAACCCUCCUCUUCUAUCCAUCAGCAUAGCCCUGCUCACAAGGCUUGUAUCCCUAAUCCAGAGCCAUUCAGCGGUGAGGUGAAGAAGUGUUGAGGCUUUGUAUUACAGUGCUGCAGAGUAUUUGACCAGCAACCUCGAUUCUACAGGUCUGAGCACACAAAGAUAAACUUUAUCAAUAGACUACAUGGCAGGGCACUGACAUGGGCCAAAGCCUCAGACUCCCAAGUGAGGUUCAUUGGUGCCACCAUUGACAAGUUCUUUCAAAAUCUGUAGACAGUAUUUGAUCACACAGACCAAGCAACAUGGUACAACAGAGCUUUUUCGCACGGGCUCCAGGAAUACAUUAAAGAUUAGCUUGAAACCCGGGAUGACCUGACCGAUUUCAACUCCCUAGCCAAUCUAGCUAUCAAGAUCAACAACCGGUUGCGAAAACGGCAUAAAGAAAGAGCCACUCCCUCUUCCCACACAAAGACUACACAAGGCUUGAUCAUCUACUAACUCGUGUCCUGUCACACCCUUCUGGUGUUUCAGACCCGUCAUACACCGUGGCUGGAGAAGGACCCAUGCAACUAGGUAGAACCCAAUUAACCACCCCAGGAGCGGGCCCGACGACUGAGGGCAGGUGCAUGUUUAUACUGUGGUGUCCAGAAACACAAGAUUGAGAACUGCACUAUUUGGCCAAAAGACAGGGCCCGCCAGUGAGAGUGGGAGCAAUUCAUGUUACACCACCAGUUUCAAGAUACCUGUCACCUUAGGGAUUGGUGGACAAUCUUUUUCAGGCACAGCUUUUGUGGACUCUGGAGGAGGUCAGAGUCUUAUUGAUACCAGCUUGGUUGACCAAUUAAACCUCACGCCUAUUCCUCUCAAAUGCAAACUGGAGAUACACUCAAUUGAUGGUCAUUCAGUGGCCUACAUUACUCAUCAAACACCACCCAUCCAGCUCACUGUGGCCAGUAAUCAUCAUGAACACCUACAGUUCAAGAUUCUCUCCACACCAGAGAUGCCUAUCAUCCUGAGAGACACUUGGCUGAGGUCCCAUAACCCUCACAUUGACUGGCAGUCCAGUUCCAUCACUCAGCAGAGUCCCACCUGCUCUGCAUCUUGCCUCAGAUCAGCUUGUCCUCCACCUAGUACCUACCACCUCGGCAGAAGAUAUUGACCUCUCAUAGGUUCUGGCUGAAUACCAUGACUUAAGGGAGGUGGGAGGUGUUUAGUAAGGAUCAGACUUCAUCUCUAUCUCCACACCAUCCUUAGGACUGUGCCAAAGAUCUCCUCCCUGGCGCCCCCCUACCCUCAAGCCGACUCUACACCAUAACCAGACCAGAGAGGUAAGCCAUGGAGGACAACGUCCAUGAUUUUCUAAAAACAGGUAGUAUUCGACCUUCAUCCUCACCAUUAGGGGCGGGUUUUUUUCUUUGUGGGAAAAAGGACGGUUUCCUCCAUCCCUGUAUCAAUUUCAGAGGGCUUAUCAAUAUCACUGUAGAACAAGAACAAGAACAAAUAUCCAUUACAUUUGCUCUCCUCUGCCUUUGAGUCUCUCCAGAGUGCAUCAGUAUUCACCAAGCUCAAUCUCCACGGUGCCUAUCAUCUGGUGGGGAUCCAAAAGGGGGAUGAAUGAAAGACAGCUUUUAAAACUACUCUAGGACACAUCAAAUAUCUUGUCAUGCCCUUUGGACUGACCAACACCCCUGCCGUAUUCCAAGCCCUGAUCAACGAUGUACUGAUGGACUUUUUAGGGUGGUUUGUAUUCAUUUACCUGGAUGAUAUCCUCAUUUUAUCUCCAUUUCUGGCUGAACACUGCAAGCAUACAGUAUGUCUGUGUGAAACUGGUUUGUUUGAAGAAACCAUAACUUAACAGUAACAACAGUGUAAAGUGAGGUGGGACUGACUUUACCUGCUGUGUAACAGGAUUAAUGGAGACAUCUUCAGGGUGUUUGUAUUUAUCUUGGCUUGUGAGCUGCUUUCAUAUGUUAUGUGAAAUUUUUUUUAUGUGGAUUUGUAUUCCCAAACACUGACUCAAGAUCACCUAUGGCUGCAUUCUCUAAGGACAGAUGGUGCAUCCUGAUGUGCGCCAACACUGUUUGACUAUAUUCAUGUCUAUAGCCACAUACCAAGAACACCACCUGUGUGCUUGUCAGGAAAAUUACAAAUGCACCUGUGAUUACAAUAAGACAUGGUCUGAGCAGGUUUUAUCAUCCUUAUUUUAGGUCAAAACAAGCACCAAAAUUGCACUGUGCUAUCUAACACAACUGCACCUGUCCUCCCUCCUCAGUGUAAGCAUGUUCAUUCAUGGCAUGAAAAUACACACCAAUAUGCAAAAAAAAAAUUGCAGACAUGUACCUGAGGAAAACUGCAUAAUGACUGAGAAUCAAGCGAGGCAUAAAUUGAGCUGGCAGGAAAAUAGGAAAAUAUAGCCCAUAGAGUCACUCAUUACUUGAACACAAUUUGAAUAAUUGCCAAAUGUACAGAUAAAUGUAAUUAACAGAAUUAUUGAAUUGUUAGUCAAUGGCCUUGUCUGUCUUCCAUGUCUUCAAACUGUGCAAUGGACAUUUUGACGUGUUUUUUAAUGGUGUAAUAUGUCUUUGGGAGUGGUAGACAACCGUUUGAGCUGAAGCACUGCUGCUGUGGUUGUACAGUAACUGGCAACACCGCAUUUUAAGGAGGAGCUGCUCCUACACUUUUAGCUGUGGCUGUUUAAAUGUUAAUGUUAAUAUAAAUAAAAACACCAAAAUUUGUGUUUCAGUGGUCAAGAGAAGAUUUAUGACAUCAUCUCUGAGACAGUGGCCAGUGACUUCCCUCUGUGGUUUAGUAAAGUAAUGAGUUACAUUACCAGUC